ACCACAGAAGAAGAAUGCCGUUAUUUGUUAUGAUGUCGAUAAGUAGCCUUCGUUGAGGAAGAGUGAUCAUCAUCAUCUUUUUGAACUAGGCAAGUCACCGACAUAAUAUUUCCGGUUUCUACGACUGACUUGGCUAAUCACAAGCUAACGUUAACGUAACGCUAAUGUUCAACGCCUCUUGUAAACAGUCUACAUCUGAACUCCCCCUCUGGCUCUUCAGAUAACGUUAACCGGAAGAGUGAGGAUCAGCGAAACAUCAACACACGGCCCAGUGCAGGCUCUGUCAGUGCCUUCCAACCUGUCCAUCUGUUAUCUGGAGUGGCUCUUGUUGUAGUGGAGGGACAGGAGGGAAACCCAGCAGGCAGAGAGACGGUAGGACAGGCACAACUCAGGAUGCCUCUGUUCUUCAGAAAGAGGAAACCCAGCGAGGACUCCCAGAAGAGACUGGAAUAUCAGCUGUGCAGGUCUAAGGAGGCUGGUGCUGAUGACAUCCUGGACAUCUCAGCUUGUGAACUCUCAGAGGUUCCCUCGAGUGCCUUUUCCAUUUGCAAGGUGCUACAAAAGAAGGUCCUCAUCCUCCAUAACAAUGAGCUGAAGUCAUUUCUGCCCAAAGGAUGUGACAUCAGCACUCUUGCCACUUUAAAGGUUUUGGAUCUGCAUGAGAACAAGCUCACUUCACUCCCAGAAGACAUUGGGAAGCUGGCAUCACUGCAGAUUCUGAAUGUGGAGAAGAACCACCUAAAGGCCCUGCCGGAAUCCAUCGGGGAUUUGCGUCUUCUGCAGACACUCAGUUUGAAGAGUAACUGUCUCAGUGAGCUGCCGUCCUCGGUCGGUUUUUUGAGCAGCCUGCGCACCCUGGACCUGAGUGACAACAACAUCGUCCAGCUCCCCAAAGCUCUGGUCUACAUCCGCACCCUAGAGAGCUUUACCCUUGACGCUGCUAUGAUGUCCUACCCGCCUGCAUCUGUGUGUACAGAGGGCACAGAGAGCAUCCAGCGCUUCCUAUGCACUGAGCUGGGAGAGGAGUACUGCCCUCCAUCCCAGUAUCUCCUGCCGGUGCUGGAGAACGAGUGUGGCAAACAGAACUCUGACUGUGUGGAUGGCCUGGAGGAGGCUUGGCAGAACAAAUUCAGUGACUACGAGAAGAGAAAGGAGCAGAAGCAGCAGGCAAAGCUGGCCUUUGAGUGCCACCUAGAGGAGAAGAAAAAAGAGCACACCCAGCUCACACUCAUGAACACCUCCCGCAAGGAAAACAUCCUCCACUCAGUCCGACAGGAGCAGGAGCGUCUGGAGCUGGGGGUCAGCCAGCAGCAGAGAGCCCAGGAGGCAGAGAGGCUGCUGGUGCUGGAGAAAGUCAGACAAGCUGAAGACGGCAUCAGCAGUCGCAUCAGCAACAUGCUGAUGGACAAAAACAGGCAGAAAAAAAGUGCAGAGUUUCUUCAAGCCAUGGAGGAAGAUCGGAUUCGUAUGGAGCAUCUGACUGCCAUCACACAGGAAGAAGCCAACUCACUGAGGAGGAAGGAGGUGGCUGUGGCGAUGCAGAAGAUGCUGUCAGACGGCUGUGCUAUGAACCUCCUCCAGGAGGCCAGUGACUUCCGCAGACAGAGCCUGGUGUCUGAAGCCUACAGAAGUAUGGAGAAUAUGGACAGGAAGUUUGAUAAGAUGCUGUCCCUCCAAGUUUUAGACAAAUCUAAAGCCAUCGCCCACAUCUUACAGGAGGAGGAGAUGCAGAAGGCAGCGUUCCAGGCCCUGCAGCUGCAGAAAGACGCUGUACACGGCUACAUCCGCAACCAGAUCAAGCUCAUAGAGGGUGAAUUAAUGCAGCUGACUAGAUUGGAGAUUAAAAGACGCAAUCUGGAUGCUGAGAACCUGCAGGAGGUUCUGGUGGAGCAGCGAACGGCUCUCAGUGAUUUGUUGCAGCAGCUGCUGAAGCAGAGAGACCAGAGAGAGCAGGAGCUGCGGCAGGUUCUGGCGGAGAUGGAGCGGAAGUCUGAGUCCAACCAGCAGAACUACUGGAUGAUCCAGUACCAGAGACUGUUGGAUGCCAAGCCCCUGUCACUGCGCAUGCAGGAAGCGGGCGUGGAGAAAGAGUUGGUCAACCUGAUAUGCAAACUGUCGGCUCAGCACUACCUGCCCAUCCUGGCUCAUCAUCGAGUGACAACUGAGGCCCUUCGCCACAUGACGACCUCUGACGUCAAGAAGAUUGGCAUUAAUGAAAUAGGAAUCCAAACUGCUCUUCUGAACUGGGCUCUUCAACGCUACCCUGAAGGAGCCUGUAAGGCUGUCCAGCAGGACGAGGAGGCUGAGGUGGCCCCCACGGCUCCGUCCCCUAGCCCCCCUCAGUCGCCUCCCAGCACCUCCACCUUCCAGAUCCCCAGCCCACCACUCACUCCAGGGACCCCUGUCACCCCCUCAGCCCCCAGCCCUGUGGAGGGACCAGGGAGCUCAGAGUGCGUGGUCUGCAUGGAGACUGGGUCUCAGGUCAUCUUCCUGCCCUGUGCUCAUGUAUGCUGUUGUCAGGUCUGCAGCGGCGCUCUGCAGAACUGCCCUCUGUGUCGUAGCAACAUAUCCCAGCACGUACGCCUCUACCACAGCUAGGACCCACUGCACUGUGCUACUCCUUCACGCCGCACCGCUCUUUAUUUAUGCAUGAUCGUGGUGUGGCUGCGAGUAGGCUUUUGGCAGGUUUUCGAAGAACUGAGUCACUUUCUUGUAUUAACCAAACAGUACUUUGUGAUGUAUCUGCUGAAACAAAUCUGAAUAGAGUUACUUUUACUAGUGGUGUGUUUUUGGUUUUCAGUGGUGUCCAAGCCUGUUUUAUUUUGUUGUUCUUUUAAAUUCAAUAUUUUAUUUUUUAUUUUUAGCAUUACGUGUUAAGAGCCAAGCGGACUACACCACUCACUGGUUGAAGACUGUAUGUUCUUUGCCUUAUAGUAGUUUCUAAAUUGACGUGUGCCUUUUUCUGGGAAUCUCUUUUUUAAACAAUUUGUCUAUGUUGUCAACCAAACUAAUACCUGUCCAACUAUCAUCUUAACUAAACAUAAUGUGUUGAUUAUUAUCAUCACUGAUGCAACAUCUUGUUGCCCUUCAAUGUCUUGUUCUGCCCUCCCAUCCUUCUCAUCCAGGCCCCUCUGAUCUUCUGUUAAAAUGGGGAAUUAUAUAUCAAUGCAUAUCAAGACAAUUGGAGGGGAAACUGACUUCUGCCCAGGUCCAAAACGAGCUGCUGUAAACACCCCAGUUCCUCCUGCUCUCUGUCUUAUAUUACUGUAAUUCAAUCACUGCAGGUUUGCUGUGUGAUAAUCUGGAACACAAAGAAAUGUCUAAAUUUGCACCAUGUAAGAACAAUGAGUCACGUUUAGUUUGAGUCCUACUCGUAUUCACUUGUGUAAUGUUUUCUGUGGCUCUAGAAGGAGCUUUUUAAAGUUCCAUGUUAAGGGUUAAAAGUCAGCAUUUCUCAGCCCUUCUUUUCUUAAAGUCGUUCUCACUAUUUCCACAGCUUUAUGAAAGUGAAUGGGAAUGAAGGAGCAAUGCUAAAUUUGUGGACUACCCCUUUAAAAUCAAUUUGGACAAAGGAUCAGUUAAUAAAAUAGAACCCACCUAAUCGUGCUUCAGCGGAGCAAAUAUUACUGUUUCUCCAAACAAAGUUACAGUUAAUCAAAUGACCACCACCCAUCUGCCAGACAGUCCAGCUGGGCCUUUAGGGGACUCUUAUGGCUCUGGGGUCCCUGGGCAGAAGGUAAUCCAGACUUGGACCUCACUUUAGUUUCUGUCUCACUUGUCUCUGACUUAUCUUCUGGUCCCUUUCUUAUUUGAAAUGCUAUAUGUGGUGCAUAUGUAUGAACUAACAACACCUCACCGGUUUGUUUCCAUCACUAAUGAUAUUACACUCUUUCAAGUGCUCUUAACUUUGACAUCCCAGCAUGUAUCAGGAAAUAUCUUACUGUAUAUGACUGUUAACUGUAGUGUGUUAGAGAUUUCACUUGUAUACAAAGCUGACAUUUCAUGUCAACAGACUGAUGUAAAAUAUAUAUAUAUAUAUCUGCUGUACUCACCUUGUGGUCGAUGUAAAAGCUUUGUGUUGCUGAAGUGAUGCACUAUUCUCACACAGACAGCAACCUCUGGACAUGUAGUGAAAUACAGUGUAGAAACCGUGAUGCUGUUGAGUGUGAGCUGGUGUGCAUGAAGAGUCACAAGUGGCUUUUAAGUAUGGAUUUAUUGAACUAAACAUGAAACCAACAUGUUAAACAAAUUAGUUUUGAAGUUCUGUGCCCAUAAAAGAGGCCAUCUAAACAACUGAACUCGUGCUAUGCUAACUUAUAGCAUAAACUGAUCAAACUAACUGAAAACAAAGGGGAACAUAUAUAAUGGGUUAUCAAGCCCUUUUAGAAACAAAGAUGAGCACUACCAGCUAAACUACAAAUACAACAAGUGUUGCUAUAUUCCAAUUGGCCACUUCCUGUAUUGAAAGGAUUUGCUUUAGGGAGUGCAUCUUCUGCUCCAGCAGCAGCAACGGAACCCUCGACAAAAGAUUAGAAUGACUUAAAGCAAAUUUAUAAAGAUAAAGUAAAGUUUGACCGUACAUAAAUUAAAGUAAUUAUCGGAAAGAUUUUCAUUUAGAUGCUUGUUAACUCACCAUCCAUCACAGAAUUGGUGAUUGAACCUUUGGCUCACUGAUGAAAGCUCUUUGCCACAUUACUGAAAGUCACAAGCGGCGUUCUCUGGGAAGUUCGAUCUAAACACAUUGUAACACUUGUAAUUACUGCUUAAGAAAACAGAGAUCUUUGAGGUUGUAACUUAACUAUUUUAUUUGCAUUACUAGUAGAAACUAAGGUAGUCCCUAUACCAAAUAAACAAUGAAUGUGAUAUAUGAAACACAAGCUAUGUGUUUAUUUUUUGAAUGCGUGUGUGCAUAAGGGCUUCUUCCCAGCACCUACUUAAUUGUCAAGGGUUCCUUUUACACUGUCCAUUAGCGGACCUCCCUGGGGAAUAGCUGAUGUAGGCAACCUGAUGCCGGAACUCUGGGGGUCCAUGCAGAAGCACAGCUCAGAGGAAUUAGUGUGCAAGAUAAAAUUGUCAUUCAAAUCUGGACAGUGGAGAAAUUGGGUUCUUACUCAGGAUGUCUGCUGGAGCUGCUGGGGUUGGGGCAUCGCAGGCUGGUCAUGUCAGUCUGUGGAGCAGCCAUGACUGAACAGUUUGGUGUGAACCGAUAGUAGAAGCCAGCCAUCCAAAGAAAGGAUCUGAGCUGCUUCACAAAUUGUGGGAGAGAACAUGAUUCUUAUGAACUUCUGGUUCAAUAUCCCCACCUUCAAUGGUGAACACAAGGUACUCAGCUUUAGUUCUAGCAAAGACACAUUUGGCUGGAUUGAUCAUCAGGCCUGCUGAGUGAAGGCGCUCCAGGACGCUUUCUUCAGGUGUCCCAAGUGCUCCUCUCAGGUGGUGCUGUAAACAUCAAUAUCAAGCUGGAAGCUGAGGGUUGGAGAAUGCUCGUCUGCUUACAGCAAUAUGACAGCUUUGUGCUGGGUUUAGCAAAUCAAAGAGGAUGGGCAGAUCCUGACCCAAAAACCACUGAGACAGGAAAUUAUCAGACGAGCCAAUAUCUAACAGACAAGUCUGUCCUUGCACUUCAAUUUAAAGUCAGCAGUAGGAUAAGGCUUCUCAUCACCAUGCAUACAGCAAAUGACAACGGUCUCACAAGUGCAGAUAACAUUAGCUGGUACAUAUUGUCAGUGCACAAAGGUCUGAGUACUGCCAGUAUCAGGGCCAAUAGGUUUUCCCAUUCAUCUUUACAGUGGUCAAUUUCAUACAGUGGCUUAGCGUGACCUUCCUGUGCAACACGAUAAGACA